AUGGAGCAACCUGUGGAGGCUGAAGACCCCAUCGGCGCUCCACCACGAGUUGGAACAGACGUUGAAGGACCUCAGGGGGAUGGGGAACAACGCAAGCUGGAGAUCAUCUUACAAUGCGUCAUGCAAUUCCACGAUGGAGCCAUAUUUGACGAGGUGAAGAAGGAGAAGACGAUGAAGCAGGUUCAGGAGAUGCUCAACGGGCAUCCUAUGUUUGCAGGGCAGCUCAUGUUGAACACCUUGAAGGACAAAUGGCGCAAGAUUGAGAAACGAGCUGAGGAAAUCGCUAACGGAGGGGAGGAAAAGUGGGUGAGGCUGUGGCAGAAUGGUGACGGGGAACUCUCAGAGAUGCACAAGCUCAUUCUCGAUCUGGCCGGGAGGAUGAGGGCGAUGAAAGACAGGAAGGAGUGGGAGAAGAGAGAUGCUGAGGGGAUGCAGAAGAACGCGAGGAAGAGGCUGCUGGAGGCUAUGGAGACCACAGCUAAACGCCGUGGUUAUAACAACGCUGCACAGGCUGAGGAGUGGUUGGAGGAAGAGGGAGGCAGCUAUGGGCGUGGCACCUCAGGCGGUCUGCAGAAGCGCGCCAAGCAGGAUCCAGCUCUCCAUCCCAACAGGAAAGGGCCCAACCACAACAGCCGCAGCCUGUCCAGCGACCGUGUUGCGUUGGUGCUCGGUCAGCAAGACCGCCUGUGCAAUGUGCUGGAGUCCUCACUGGCAAAUGACAUAGCAGUUCUUGAGCAGUUUUGGAAGGCACAAAUCCUGAUGGCCCGUGCAGCCAAGAUGAAUGCGCAAGCUGCUCGCACCAAGGAGGUAGCCGCUGCGAUCAACGCCUUUGUGGCUGCCCAGGAGAAGGGUGUGUACCUCCCACGUGGUCUGAUGAAGCUGCUGGAGGACGACUAG